UCUCCAUUUAUCUCCCCCGCACGAACCUGCUGACAAAACUCUGCUCCGUAUCUCAAAGAGAACUCUUUCUCUUCAUGUUCCUUUGUUUCCCAUCUCCUCAGAAUUAAAACCAUGCCUAAAUUCCCAAACGAACGACGACCGUCUGAUUAAAGCAUCAGCCCUCAGAUGUCAUCAUCUUCGUCAGCUUUCUCUACGAUCUGCAUCCUACACUCCCUGAUAGCCAUAACAAGUGGAACACUCAUGAUGUUCCAAAUGAAGGAAAUCUACACCUUCACACAUGGUAAUGAAACUGCCACAAAGCUGAUGGGGUCGACCCCACACGACCAGCUCCUGAUCCGGACCUCCGAUUCAUUUUCCGGGUUGCUUCUGUUUGAUAUCGGGUUCUUGAUAUUCAUGGUUUCCUUUGUCAAGGAUAGAGAGUUUCAAUCUUUCUUUGCAAAGGGGUGUGCUGUUCUUCAUGUUUUCAUGGUUCUUUGGAGGGUUAAUUUUGAGAGGAGAGUUGAGGUGUUGGCUUGGGUUUGUUUGAGACAGACAGUUGGUGAUAUCUUAUUGGCUCUCUCUUGGGUUUUAUUUCUUGUUUGUUCUUGGAGCGAGAAGUACGAUUAGGGCUCUACUAUUUUCUUUAAUCUCCAUAUUUAGGGUUUUCUUUUCUUUUCUUUUUUGCCCUUUUCCGACGGAGUGUUAUUUUCCUUUUGAUGUGAUGUGUAUAGUCACGCCCUACCCCUUCGUCCUCGAGUGGACAACUCUUAGGCUUCUGCUGUGUGAACUGUGAAAAGCUUGUUAUUAUAUUGAAGCACCUGAUUUUUCCA